CCCGGACAGUCACCCCAACUCCAGAUCCAGGGGCCACCCCCACAUUCACCCAGCCACCCCCCCUCGCAGGGACCCCCCAACCAGAAAGAUGGACCCGGAGGAGAACCGCCCUGGAGGGAAGUCCAGUCUGUACCAGUCCGGCGGCGCCAACCGGAAUAACAGCCGCUCAUCUGUGCUCCUCAACCGUCGCUCCUCCAGCCUGCUCUACCACUUCGACAUCCUGAAACGAGAGUCUGACUUCACUCACGAGGCCGUCUGCAUGAGUGAGUGCAGGAAGGAGAAGGAGGAGAGAGAGCACUACUGCUACAGUGAAUUUGCCGUCAAUGGGAUCGUUCAUGACAUAGACAUGGUGCGUAAGGGGAUUAGACUCAUCACACUGAUGGUGAGCAGCGAUGGCUUCUACAAGAUGAGCCGUCUCUACGUCACUCCAGACAGCUUCUUUCUCAAAGUGCGUCUCCUAGUCCUGGACACCUACAAAUGUAGCAAGCCUUGUCCUGACAUCAAACUAGGUAGCCGGUACAUUGUAAUGGGCCAGAUCUACCACCGGAGGCGCCACCUCCCCAAUGACCUUCUGGCCCUGCUGGGGGGCAAACUGAAGCCAGGGGACGGCCUCCUGCGCAGCAACAACUACGUCAAGCGCUUCAACAAGAGGAGACACCAGAAAGCCCUGGAGGCUACCCGCUCCAAGUGUAGGUGAAACCAAAACACACUAUCGCCCCCUACAGCGGUGGAAAAGACAUUGCAGCCGUCAACAUGAAGUGACUGUGACCUAUAACCCUACAGCAUUUCAGCAGAGACGUAGAUGGACGAGCCCAAGGUGUUGUUGUUUUUCCCGGCAUGGACCUCCUGCACUUGUUUGUAUCAUAAUCCAGGUUGAGUGGUAAUGUUUUUGCUUGUCUGUCUGUACAGUCUUUACCUUGUAGCUUUGCGUCCUCUUCGAUAGAAGACACAAGUGGAGUCUAUAUCAAAGGUUCUCAUCUUUAAACCUCUGCUUGAAGUGUUGCCCCAUCAGAUUUCCUCAUACUGUUGCUCUCUAUUAUUGUGCAUGAGCAUUUAGUUGGAUAGAGGGCACACUUAACAAAGGUAAAAGAUGAGCUCUCUAGUAUACCUCUAUGUUCAUAAGUCUUCUAUACUCAUUUAUUAAGAUGUCGUAGUACUUCAAAUGAUCAUUUAUUCAUGUCUGGUACAUGAAUCGGUCAGAUCAGUGCCUCCCUCUUAUUGGUUUCUUUUACGAUUUAAAUAUUCUGCCAGCAAACCCAGAGUUCUGGUUCAAUGGAAUCAUUUAGGUAGAGGACAUUUUCAUUGGCAAAUUCGAUGUAACACAACUUUUCAUCAGAAUGUUUUGGUUGUCUCGUGUCCACGUUUGAAGAUGUUGUCCGAGCAUGUGAAAGAAGCCCAUAUUUGCCCUGAGGGAGGAAGACUGCCAACUCCAGCCCCACUAUUCAUGCGAACACACACACACACACACACACGCAUCUCCAAUUGGCUUGUUCCAGGUUAUCCCAAUCAUCCAUGGGAAAGACAAUCUGUUCAGAUCUAGUUGCACACUGGUGCUUCUCCAAUGGCAAGAGUCCAAUUACAUUUCGCCUUUGGAACUUGGUAGGAAACUUUAAAGGACUUCCUAUUGACUGAGUAUACAAUAUCAGCAAACUCCUAUUUAUGCCUGUAAGAAAAGCUGUCGCAUCUUCACACUGUUUUGUUCCUGUCAUUUGAUUGCAGGAAAUGCACUUUUACUGUAUGUGAAAGAGAAGAGGGGGGUGGGAUGUAAGACUAGAAAAGGAGCAUCAACAACAACAAACCCCAGAGGAGGGAAAAGUUGAGAAAAGAGACAAAAAGAAACCUAUUUUUCUAAUGUUAAAGAUGUGUACACGUUGAAAUAUCCGACGGAGAAAACAGACUUCAUAAGGGAACCUGGUGGUAUUAGUGAGUGUUUUUGUAAACCUAAUCGUGGAAAUCUGAUCCCCGGGGCACCUGGACACACGGAUUCAGAAAAGUGCGGCUCUCCUUGCCGGCUCUCUUUGGAGAUGGUGAGGUGAAAGCUAAUGCCACCUCUGACCCUUAUUUGCUCAUGCACACACACACAAACACACGCACCCACAUCCGAUGCGGAACAAAGUUCAAAGGAGACAUUUUAGAGUGGCAUAGCAAGGAGAGAUGUGA